AUGAUCUUGACAAGCCCGGUCCCGCGACCCAAGGUGGUGCCUCCCCCGGCCGGCAUGGCUAGCAUGGAAACUGCAUUGGCCGCCGAUGCUGAGUACCGCGACCUUGCGCAGGAACGGGCACGUCUUGCUGUCAAGAAAGGGGAGGUUGACCGGUCCAGGAUCGAACUUGACACCUUGGAAGCAGGGGUGCUUCAGAGGAUUGCCGCCAAUGCCCGUGACUUGGAGGAAUGCGAGGUGAUGUGGAAGCGGAAGUGGGAACGGGAACAUCCGUAG